UUGGGUGGCCAGCCCCAAUGAAUGAAAUGCUGAGCGAGGCAGCAACUGACCUGAAAGCUAAGAUCAUGGCGAGAAUGAAAGCUGGACAACCUGGAAACCGAUUACAACGGCUAUGUGAAGUACCAUCUGAAAGUCUCAUAGAAAGUGUGAAUGCAGCACUGAAGGCGAUCCCUACUGUAACAAUCACAGAAACCAAUGAGCUGAUAUACGCUUCAGCAUCAGUGAUCCUGGAGACUCUGGGCUAUAAGAGCAACCAUGGAAGCCAUGAGAUACGUUACCCACCAUGGAAAAGACGGUUGGAGGCUAAGAUCAAGGCGGCCCGGAAAGAUGUGAGUCAAUUGACGGAGGCCCAGAGAGGUGUGAUGAAAAGGCCGAUACCCGAGAGGUACAUCCAGAUGACCAUACCUGAAGCACUCGAAACUGCCAAACAAAGGCUCCAAGGCUUGUACAGUCGUCUAAAGCGGUACACGAAAGAGAAUGAGGCCAGACGAAUAAACAGGCUGUUCGCAACACAACCUGCGAAAGUGUACGCUCAGUGUCAGGGUCCUAACAACAGAGCUGACCCACCAAGACUGGAAACUGAAAGGUACUGGAAAGGCAUAUGGGAGAAGGAGGUUGCACAUAACAGCAGUGCACAAUGGCUGGUGACCCUGAGAGAGGAACACAGCAACCUCCCUGAACAGAACCCGGUUACCAUAACAGUGGCAGACAUACAGGAAAGAGUCUCAGAUAUGAAGAACUGGACAGCACCAGGCCCGGACAUGGUCCACACUUACUGGCUAAAGAAACUCACAGCACUCCAUGAGCGCUGAGCAGUACAAAUGAACCAGCUGCUGAGGGAUGGGACUCACCCAGAAUGGCUAACCGAAGGGCGAACGAUCCUGAUCAUGAAGGAUCCCUCGAAGGGUGCAGCCCCAUCCAACUAUCGGCCAAUAACCUAUCUCUCCACAACAUGGAAGCUCAUGUCAGGCAUCAUUGCGGCUAAGAUAAGUGGACACAUGGAUCAAUACAUGAACGAAGCACAGAAGGGCAUUGGUAGAGAUACCAGAGGAGCCAAACAUCAGCUCCUGGUUGACAGAACAGUGGCACAAGACUACAGGUCCCGACGUACCAACCUGUGCACAGCUUGGAUUGAUUACAAGAAAGCCUAUGACUCGAUGCCACAUACAUGGAUCACUGAAUGCUUGGAGUUGUAUAAGGUGAACAGGACCCUAAGAGCCUUCGUUGCGAACUCGAUGAGGAUGUGGAAAACCACACUUGAAGCCAAUGGCAAGCCACUUACCCAAGUGUCCAUCAAAUGUGGCAUAUACCAAGGUGAUGCACUCUCCCCACUGCUGUUCUGCAUAGGACUGAACCCCCUAAGCCAAAGAAGGUUAUGGAUACCGCCUCAGAAAGGGAGCUACAAUCAGUCACCUCCUCUACAUGGAUGACAUAAAGCUGUAUGCUAAGAGCGAAAGGGACAUAGACUCCCUGAUCCACACAAUCAGGAUCUACAGCAGGGACAUCGGGAUGUCAUUCGGGCUUGAGAAAUGUAGUCGGAUGGUGACUAAGAGAGGAAAGGUAGUCCGCACUGAAGGGGUCUCACUCCCUGAAGGAACAAUAGCAGACAUUGAGGACCGCUACAAGUACCUCGGUAUACCACAAGCCAAUGGCAACCUCGAACUGGCAACAAGGAAAGUGGCUACGGCCAAAUACCUCCAGCGAGUGAGGCAAGUCCUAAGAAGCCAGCUCAAUGGCAAGAAUAAGACCUGGGCAAUAAACAGCUAUGCCCUGCCAGUGAUCAGAUACCCUGCAGGAAUAAUAAGGUGGCCAAAGGAAGAGAUUCAGACCACGGACGUUAAGACCCGAAAGCUCCUAACCAUGCAUGGAGGGUUCCAUCCCAAAUCCAGCACCCUGAGACUGUACGCAAGCCGAAAGGAAGGAGGCCGGGGACUAGUGAGU